AUGAACGGAGGGUGAAGCGGCUGCAGGUCCUACUUUGUUCACUGCAGAGCUGCUGCUGCACGCUGAGUUUGUGUGGGACGAUUUCAAAAGGGGAAAAAAAGAUGCCUUUCACCCGCUCCAAGAAGCUGGCCGUCCAGCCUGCGUCCACCAGGAUGAGUCUGAGGAGCUUCCGCAGCGUCCCUCUGGUUCCCAUGGAGACGUCCUCCUCUUCCUCUGAUGACAGCUGCGACAGCUUCGGCUCAGACGGAGGCUUUGCAAAUACGAGGAGCAUAAGACAGACGAGGAGGAUGGCGGAGAAAGCGAAGGUGUUUGAGGCCACAUCAGAGGAGGAUACAUGCAGCGGGUUUGAGGAGAAUGUGAUCAGCAGCCGGAUAAAAGCCAUGAAAGUAGUCGCUGAGCCUCCAAGACAACGCCGCAGGUCGAACGUCCUGAAGGUUGCCAUGACGUUUCCUUCCAAAAAGACGGACAGGAAGAGGCCUGCAUCUGAACCGCUGCCUCAACCUAAAGCUCAGGAGUCCGACUCUGAGGAGGAUAACUUUAUGAGCAAGAGAGCCCUGAACAUUAAGGAGAACAAAGCAAUGCUUGCAAAGCUCAUGGCAGAACUGGACAAAGUGCCUGGACUCUUCCCAGGAAGACAAAUAUCGAAGUCGGCAUCAACUACGCCCCAAAGGGCACCUAGGCAGUCUGUGGGAACCCCACGAGCCCGUAGGAGGUCCUCAAGGCAUUUGUCUCGCCCUCACACACGGUCUCGCUCGCUGGUGGACGGACCCCCGAGCCCAACUCCAGAGGAGGAGCCUGAGGACAAGUUCAGUUUGGUUCGCAAGAGCCGCGACUUUGAUGAAUACGAUGAACCUCCCCAUCGCCGCUCCUUCAACGGCGCCAAGGCCAUCCCUCAUGUGGUGCGUCCGGUGGAGGACAUCACAGAAGCAGAGCUGCAGAGAAUCUGCACCAAUGUGCGGGAGAAAGUCUACAACAGCUCCACUGGAUCCACUUGCCACCAGUGCCGCCAAAAGACGACUGACACCAAAACGAACUGCCGUAACCCUGAGUGUCAGGGCGUGCGGGGUCAGUUCUGCGGUCCGUGUCUCCGUAACCGCUACGGAGAGGAGGUCCGAGACGCUCUGCUGAAUCCAGACUGGCAGUGUCCGCCUUGCAGAGGGAUCUGUAACUGCAGCUUCUGUCGGGCCCGAGAAGGUCGCUGCGCUACGGGAGUGCUGGUUUAUCUCGCUAAAUACCACGGCUAUGAUAACGUGCACGCCUACCUGAAAAGCUUGAAGAAGGAGCUGGAGGAGAGCAGCGAGUGAAAGAAGCUGCUCCUGAUGAUCCUGGACCUGAUUGACCACUUUGACACGCACAGCGGAAAUGUCUUCGAUGUUUGAAGCAUUUUACUGGGAUGCUUACUGUUCCUUUUGUUAAAUUUCGUAUUUUUUGAACGUUGACUGAUAACCAGAGGAGCCACAGUUCUCUCUACAUGUGUUUUUUGUUUUAGUACAUAUUUCUUUCCUGUUUUCAAGAGUUGAGAUCUCACUUUUACACUGGUUGCUUGAGCAAAACAAAUUUUAGGAGUGGGUCUCAACUGCAGUCUUAGCGUUAAGAUGACUGUCUCAUCCUAACAUCAGGGUUCUCACCAGGAUUUUUUUUACAGCGUAACGGCAGGUUGAGACGGCCCGACACUAUGCUCAAGCGCAACAGCCUUCAUUAAAUCUCGUGAUCGGCCGGCCCAGAUGUCAGCCAAUGAGCGUCACGCAGAUGCUCCAGAUGCUCGUGAUUUAGGUCACUAUUCACCAUACACGGCAUCACGUACGCGACUGACACGGCCCGUUACGCUGAAAUGCGCUGGCGAGAACCCUGCUAACAUGUACAUAAAAGCUGAAAAAAAUCCUUUUUAUAGCUGUACCUGCCAACUUUAGGCUUGUUUAGAUGAUCUGCUGUGUUUUACAUUGUUUUAAAUGUACUGCUUUUCUACUGCUCACUUGGAUGUGAAUUGGCCUCCAAAGGUUCCAUCUUUGUGCCUUUUUUAGAGUUGCCAAUUUUUGCUUGUGUUUUUACAAGUUUUUUAUCCUUUUGGUAUAUAAAAAAAGCUUUACUUGGGAUGUCCUGUAGAAAUGGCCCAGUGAUCUGCCUGCUGUGGGGGGUGGGGGUGCAGGUGGAAAGGGCAAAGACUGAGGUCCACUGCUUCUCCCCUUUCGAAGCCGAGAGGAACCGUGUGAUAUACUACAGCGCCUGGUUAAAUAUCCUUCAUUAGAUAACUGUCACUAAUGGUGUGGAAACAAUUAGCACACUCUAAUGGGAAUCUCAUACCUGUAAAUCAUUUUAUCCUGUUAAAGCACAUUCUCGCUCUGCUCCAGUCUCUUUGGCUCAUUUUCUGCCUUACACUGUUAAGUAGGAAUGGUUGAAGGUGCCACUGAAGUGGCAAUAGAGUUAUGGCCUGCAUUUUCUGUUCAGAAGUGUCAUACUCCGCACGAAAUGACAUGGAAUUAACCUUUGUGCCGUUCAUCUCUGCAAUGUACUUCAUUUGACCCGCGCUAGGAAAUACUCUGAUUAUAUGAUACAGUUUGAAAAUAAUCAACGGUUGAGCUUUCUUCUUUACUGUAAUGGCAGGUGGAGGUUAUGUGGCUGCUGCUUUACUUAUCAGGCUGUGCAGCCUUAACAGGGAGAGUGAUGCUGAACUGUCGAAGGGGAUCUCUGUUAAAGGCGACGCUUGCUUUGCGUUAACUGUACAUUUUCAUUAAAGCGUUAAUCACUACAGAA